UCGCCUCUCUCUUUCCGCAACAAGCUCACUUCUCAGUCUUCCCAUCAUUGCUUCUGCUACCACUGAUAGCAGUGGAAGACGAUGGUUCACACCGCUGUCCUAUCGGUUAUCUUCUCCUUCCUCGCGCUCGUCGCAUUAGUCGGCGCACGCCCGGCUACUUUCCUCCAGGAUUUCCGCAUCACCUGGGCUGACACUCACAUCAAGCAGCUGCAAGGAGGCACCGCAAUUCAACUGAAGCUGGACCCGUCCUCAGGUUGUGGGUUUGCCUCCAACAAGCAGUACCACUACGGGCGCGUUAGCAUGAAGAUUAAGCUCAUCCCUGGCGACUCCGCCGGAACUGUUACCGCCUUCUAUCUGAACUCGGACACCGACACCGUCCGCGACGAGUUGGACUUCGAGUUCCUGGGGAACAGGAGCGGGCAGCCAUACACGGUGCAGACCAACGUGUAUGCUCAUGGCAAGGGUGAUCGUGAGCAGAGAGUUAACCUUUGGUUCGACCCUGCUGCAGACUAUCACACUUAUACCAUCCUCUGGAACCAUUACCAUGUCGUCUUCUCCGUGGAUAACGUGCCGGUCAGGGUGUUCAAGAACAACGAGCGUAGAGGUAUCCCCUACCCCACGCUGCAACCCAUGGGGGUGUACUCCACUCUGUGGGAGGCCGACGACUGGGCGACGCGAGGUGGACUGGAGAAGAUCGACUGGGGCAAGGCCCCCUUCUACGCCUACUACAAGGACUUCGACAUCGAGGGAUGCGCCGUCCCCGGCCCGGCCAACUGCGCCUCCAACCCCAACAACUGGUGGGAGGGGCCGGCGUACCGGCAGCUCAGCCCGGAGCAGGCGAGGCUGUACCGGUGGGUGCGGACCAACCACAUGAUCUACGACUACUGCACCGACAAGUCCCGGUACCCGGUCCCCCCGCCGGAGUGCUGGGCCGGGAUCUGAGCCACUGCAUGCAUGCAUGAAUCCAUGGGAUAGGAGCGUGCACGCGUACUUCAGCCGAGGAAGGCGUCCAUGAUACAAUAAGUUCGAGUUGCUUGUUCCGUUUUGUGGUCACAGUGCAAGGUGUAAUGCUCGUCUCCGCCUGUUUACGUACUUGUUUCUGUCUUCAUGUAAUUUCAACCUACGCAGUAAUGAACAAAGCCAUCGGCCUGUUUCACAUCA